AUGCCCGUAGGCGGCCCGAAGAGCGAUAUAAAAGUUUCGACUCUAGGCGAAGUCAUGGCGCCAGAAGUCCAGGACAUAAAGUAUGCCGAUGUUGUAGCGCUGGAAAAUCACAAGGCGGGACGAAACGCUGGUGCAGCAAGAAACGCCGACGAUGCAUGCAUGUCUGAUAUGGUGAGUCUUGUCGCGAGGGAAGCUAACUCACACUUACAUGUGGGUAACGUGAAGCAAGGCGCACACGCUGCGCAUUACAGUCCAAUCUGUGCAGGAGGCACGUACAUGGUUGCUACGUACAAGUCGUAUAAUGCAACUUCAUGUGGGAGCUCACCUUCACGUGGUGUCCUGGUGGACGAGCAACGCCCAGGAAAAAGAAAAGGACAUGAUGGUGCCGCUCCUAAUGGCUUAGCUACAACACGCAAAGCAAAAGGGUUAGGCUUUUCUGAUGGGUCAGAAGAGAAGACGGACCAGGAGACAAGCCAUACCGCGGGUGAUGAUGGGCAAGGCCCAUUACCUGGUGGCCUGCAUGGGUUUUCGCCUGGUGGCCUGCGUGUGGACGAGAGCUCAGCUACAGCCGCGGUGCUGCUGAACAGUCCAACAGGGAUGUCGACGGCACGUUCAGGUAUCUAG